CUCAGCGAGAGGAUCAUGGCGGAUGGCCCCAGGUGUAAGCGCAGAAAACAGGCGAACCCGAGGAGGAGCAGCGUGACAAACUUCAACAAUGGCUUGGAGGCCAGUUCAGACUCUGAUGACGAGGACAAGCUACACAUUGUGGAGGAGGACAGCCUGCAGGAGACUGAGGCCACCGACGCCGACGGGACCACGCCGCUGGACAGCCAUGAUGCCGCCAUAACAGUAUUACCCCACAAUGGCUCCUGGAACGGAGUGAAGGAGGAGUGUGUGUCAGAGGAGGAAGAGGAGGCGGUGAAGGAUGCUCUAGUGGAGGAGAUUCUCCAGCAGGGAGACACAGCCAUCAUCUAUCCUGAAGCCCCGGAGGACGAGCAGAGUCCAGCAGAGACCGGAGGCGCUGAUGAAAACGGAACGCCAGACUCCUUCUCCCAGUUGCACACUUGCCCCUACUGCUCCCGGGGCUACAAACGCAACGCCUCGCUGAAGGAGCACAUUAAGUAUCGCCACGAGACCAGCGAGGACAACUACAGCUGCUCACACUGCAGCUACACCUUCACCUACCGAUCGCAGCUGGAGAGGCACAUGAGCCACCACCGGGGCACCAGGGAGCAGCGUCACGUUUCCCAGUCGACAGGAGGAUCAGGAGGAACAGGUGGAACCCGCAAGUUCAAGUGUACCGAAUGUUCCAAGGCCUUCAAAUACAAACACCACCUGAAGGAGCAUCUACGCAUUCACAGCGGUGAGAAACCAUAUGAAUGCUCGAACUGCAAGAAGCGAUUCUCCCACUCAGGCUCCUACAGCUCCCACAUCAGUAGCAAAAAGUGUGUGGGUGUAGCACCCCCCAACGGAGCUGCUCGAACGUCGAUUAAAUCCCCCCCACCGACCACGCAGACCAGGCCUGUUGUAAUCGCUCCAGCCCGCAUGAUUCUCAAAGAGAAGACAGAAAGCAAACCCCUGCAGGAGCAGCUUCCUGUAACCCAGAUCAAAUCAGAACCUGUGGAAUAUGAAUGCAAACCAGUGAUGGCGGCACCAGCGACUUCAGCUGGUAGUAACGGAGUGGUAAAUGGAGGGACGACACAGCCGGCGGUGGUCCCCACUGCAACCCUGCCACAGGGCGUGGCUAUGGUGGUACCAACAGUCGGCCUGAUGUCGCCCAUCAGUAUCAAUCUUAAUGACUUGCAAAAUGUGCUGAAGGUAGCGAUGGACGGGAACGUGCUCAGGCAGGUGCUGGGUUCGGCCAAUGGGGUGGUGACACAGGGGAAGCAGGGGAUUGUAGUCCAGCAGCCACAGCAGCAGAUCAUCAGCCUCCCGGCCUUCGUGGAUCACGACGGCACCACGAAGAUCAUCGUCAACUACAGCAUCAGCCCCACGGCCGCCACCACUGCCACUACCCAGCCUGCUGCGCUGGCCGUCAAAAAUAACCCUCCUCCCCUUCCUGCUAUCACAGCCGCGGCUGCUGUAGCGGCCAUCCCAACCCAGACAGACAAACCCCAAACCCCCACUGACCUCACCAUUGUCAAGGCAGAGCCAGAAUCUGUUCCCAUCACAGACGUGGAGACAGAUGCAGCCACACAGACAGAAACGGCAACUGUUCCAACUUCAGAAUCAGCUCAGAUGCCAAAACCCAACAGCAGCAGUACGUGUUUACUAUGUGACGACUGUCCUGACAACCUGGAGGCGCUGCACCUUCUCCAGCAUCGCAAAGCCGCCAACGGUGAGGCCGUCGAUUCUGCCGCUUUGGACCCUUCGUUCGCUGCUCUGCUGAGCGAGGCGGGAGUGACGCUGGAGGAGCCGCCUGUGGACGACCUCCUCUCACUCCUUAAGACCUACUUUGCCUCCAACGCCAAUCCCAGCGAGAAGGAGCUGACCAAGAUCUCAGAGUCUGUCAGUAUUCCAGUGGAGGUGGUCAGGAAGUGGUUUGUCAAGAUGAACUCUGGGAAGCAUGUGGGCAAAUGCCACAGCGAUGCUACAUCAGUUUCCAAAAAGACUGAAACCACAAAUUCCAGCUCAGAGGACACGUUGAAUCAGAAUGAAGAGGAAGAUGAAGGCAUCCAGGAAGCAUCCAACAACGCCUCGUCAGAGUCUGGCAGUGUCUCUCCGUCAGACUCCACGUCGCUCAGCCUCAACAACGGGGACCUCGUCAUUGUUAAGAGCGAGCCCGAAGACCCAGAGGCCAUCGACUCCCAGGCAGAGCCUCUGGAUCUUUCUCUCCCAAAACAUAUCGCAGCAGCAUUGGAAAACAAAACGACCACGCCUCCCGCCAAGCAGCAGGAGCAGCCUCUGAACCUGACCUGCUUGAGGAAGGAGCAGCUGGAGGGUCGGACCAUCUACGUCACCACGCCUCAGACCGGAAGACCUGUUAACAUCGUCACUGCCGCACAGCUGCCCACCUUGGUGGCCAUUGCUGGUCAGAGCACAGUGGGCUGCCUCAGUGCCAUCAACACCACAACAAAGCGCACCAUCCUCAUCCCCCAGCUCACCUAUACGUACGCCACUACGGCCAACAACGCCACUGGAGCCAAGACUGUCGUGCUCAAUGGCCACAAGCAGGAGAAGCGUUUGGCGAGCAGCCCUGACGGUGUUUCCACGGUGGAGGAGCAGAACGACUCGGAUUCGGUUGCGCUGAUGAAGAAGCGGCGGCUGGAGAACGGCGUCUAUCCCUGUGAUCUUUGCUCCAAGGUCUUCCAGAAGGGCAGCUCCCUGCUCAGGCACAAAUAUGAACACACAGGAAAACGGCCCCACGAAUGCAACGUCUGCAAGAAGGCCUUCAAACACAAACACCACCUGAUCGAACACUCGAGGCUGCACUCCGGGGAGAAACCCUACCAGUGCGAUAAGUGCGGGAAGCGAUUCUCUCACUCGGGCUCGUACUCCCAGCACAUGAACCACCGCUACUCCUACUGCAAAAAGGACGGGCCCAACUCGGAGCCCCCCGGCUCCAUCUCAGGGCCACGGAGUGUCCAGAUGGAGCUCGGCAGCCCCGGCACCGGACCGCAGUCGGACAGCCGGACCACGACACCGCCCUCCCAACUGGACUCAGACGAGAGGGAGAGCGAGGAAGAGGAGGAUGAGGACGACGAGGCCAUGUGUAUGGACGACAUCCGGGUGGUGCAGGUGGACGACGGCGAGUGCGAGAUCUACGAGGGCAACUUUGACGACGACGAGGAGGAUGGAGAGGAGCUGGGGGAGGAGGAAGUAGAAGACGAAGAAGAAACUGAAGGAGAGAAGGCGGAGGAGGAGUUUGUUUGUGACGUCGUGGAAGUCGAGCUGGGGGACGCUCACAUGGAAAUGGACAACGAGAUGGAGGACAGAACCGACGAAAAGGAGGAAUCGGCAAGUGCGGAGGAGAUGGCAGACUGUGAAGCAAAUACGGACAAAAGCAUCAGGGAGGAGACGGACAGCAGCGAACCAACAGAGGAAGAGGUGACAGACGCCAAAUAGAGGAAGGUUUCUUCGGGACAGUUCGAAUGUGUCGGUCAAUGAAGUUAUUUUAGACAAAACCGCAUCUUGCCAUCAGAAGAAAAGUCACGGCAGUUGCCUGAUCUUAUAACGGUCCACUACUGUGUACAAAAACCCAGGUGUGCCUGAACUUGAAAAAAGAAAAACAAACAAAAAAAACCCAGUGACUUUUUAUUUGUGAAAAUGAAAUAUCAGUGUUUAAAAUUGUUUAUAGAAGUACAGAUUUUAAAGUAGAACUCACCCGUCAACUUGUUAGACUUGUUACUGAGACAUCCCAGGUUGGUUUUGUUUGUUUUCAUUCAGUCAGUGUUACUAAUCUCGUUCUUGUUUGAAAACCUUUUAACCUGUAAAGAUGAGAAAGAUUUCUAUACCUUUUUAUUGCCAAUGAAGUUUCCUAAAUCAGUAUUUUAUUGAGUUCUACGAACAAAAAACCUCUGCACUACAGUAAUCCUGGUUUACCUAUGGAUACAUGCCUCAUGCAUCGUAUGCCCUUCAGUGUUAUAUAUGUACACUAGCUAGCGAGAUGUCGUUUGUGUUAGUGUUAGUCUUUGCUAGCUAGCAUUUCUUUUUGUUUUUCAGUUUGACUGUUAGCCUUAAGGAAAACAAAGUAUUCUUGGGGAGGGUUGUGGGCGGGAUGGGGAGUCCGGGAUGAGAAUGCGGCUUCUGUACGCCAUAACCAAAUUUGUCCUAUCAGGGAAGGUAGAGUCAGAACCUCAAAGCCAGCAUCGGGUGCCUUUGUUUCGCUCACCCAGCGCGGCGCAGACGGGCGGAGUCUCCAGGUGAAGAUUCAAAAGCAGACUCCAGUUUCCCUCGCCGCCCUGCUGCGGUAUCGAAACACCGGCGCCUAUUCUUACCAAGCUUCUCCUUCUUUUUUUGGUUGACUUUUUAAGUUCUCAGUCCGUGUUUCAGUAUUAUUAGCUUAUAUUUGAAGUCAUACUGUACGUAAAGGAUCGGGGCUGUUUCCUGCUCCACCCCAAUGCCUCCAGCCUUAUGCAAGACCUGUGUGCUGUUAAAAGUGCCAUUGAACAGUGUUAUUAUUUCUUCUUCUUCACACAUGUAGCCAGUAUUAUGUCCUCUUUUGUUACUGACACAAGACCCAUGUUUACUAAUGUUUGUUGACUUGCACAGAACAGCAAAUUUGUCACAACAACAGAAAGCUACUUCCUGUGAAAUUAAUUAAAACGUUUGAGGCCUUUUUUAAAAAAAGUAUUAGGAGCUGCAUUAAAGACGACAAACAGCAUUUUGACCCAAUUAUAGUUAAUUAAUGUGCUGACCAUAUACUGUGUGUUAAUUUAAACACUGUCAGUCAACAGUACAUUAUAAUUCAGCAGAGCCCAGUUUGCCGUCAUCACAUGUCCUGUUUUAUCUGCCAAAAACCCACAAACGCUCAGUUUAGAGAAAAGCUGAAAACUGUUUCAUAGCAGAGAGUAUUUUGCAUUUUUGCGAUUAAUCAGCUCAACAUCUUUUAAACAAAACGAUGUUCCAGCUGCUUAUAUUUGCAUACUUGCUGUUGGGUAAUAGUUUCCGGCAUCUUCGACUUGUAGUUGGAAAAUUAAAAGUUUUGAAGCAACAAAAAUGUGCAUAAACUGUCAAAAACCUUCACAGUCCAGACUGAGCUUUCCUGUGGAUAUAAACAUGCCUUGCAACCUUGAGAUAAUCAGUUUUCACACGCUGAACUCUGUCAUAAAUCAGACGUUAUUAAGAUGUUUACAUCCCUGAACAUGCAGGGAGCGAUUCAACUCCGACUUGACGUCGUGCCCCAGCAGGCUGGCUCAGGAAGAAACGAAACAGAAGAAAUCCAGAUCAAUUUAAAGUAAAAUACACUUAGAAAUAUAUCCAGUCACACGUGUGCACUUGUUUUCAGAUAGAAAUUGUGGCAAAUUGUGUCCCGCACUUCAGGUAACAAGCGUUAGUGAAUGUGGUCUCUCUCUGUUGAAGAGUUUUGAGUUGGUUUUACCGAACAGUGUUUAUUAGUAUUAGUCUGUUUUAAUUUUUUUUGUGUUUUUAAUGUGUGUCCUCUGUAUGUUUUUGUCAACAAUGGCAGUAUUAGAACCCUUUUCACAGAUUAAAAAAAAAAUAUACCUGUUUAGUUUUUAGAAGACUUUUUUAUAUUUAUGUGUCUUAUUUUUAUAUUUUCUUUUAUGGUUAUUUAUUACACAUUGUAGUGUACAUUACUGUAGUUUGAAUUGAUACAAUAAUAUAUUUUAGUAUGAAAAAUAAUCUCAAGACAAACAAAAAUUCCCAAAAUGUGGUUCUGGGAGAUGGAGUUUGUUUUAACAAAAAAAUAAAAAAUAGGGGAAAAAAAAAAAGGUUAAACCUUUUUUUUUUUAACUUUGCUUUUUUUUUUAGGUUAAAAAUUAAAAAAUAUAAAUAUAAAAAAAACAAGAAAAGAAAAAAGACAGGAAUGAAGUGAGAAAUAGAAACUGUUACAUGUGCAUCCGCUCUUUGCGUCGUUAUAAAGCUACUGAAUUCUAAAACUCUGUGAUUUUUAAAGCAUGAGUCGUCGCCGUUUUAAUGAAGGAUCUUGUUAUGAAGACGUUACUCCUCCCAUUUUUAUUUUGAAGCCAAAUUUUACAUCGUCCCGCUUCCCAGUUUUCUGUUCUGUGCCAACUUGUUCCAUUGUACUGUUGAAGGUUUGCAUAAUGUUUGUCCCCCGACACACCCCUUUGUAAAUCCACUGUCUUUUUGUAUUGUUUUUAUUUUAGGUUUGCUCCAUUUUUAUGACUCCCCAUCACAAUAAAAUGUAAGACAGCA